GAUUCCGGAAGGGGCGGCGAGUGCGAGGGGAGGGCCGUGCGUGUGGGAGAUGUCCGGAAGCGGCCGCGCUGGCGCGUCCAAGAGGAAAAGGAAUUGGCGUGUAGAGCACCCAUCCUUUCUAGAAGAGAGGCCACAGCAGUGGAGAAGAGCAAAUUUGAAGACAGUGGAAGCAGCUGCCUCUCUCUCUAAAGCAUGGCUCAAGUGUGGAGAAGGAUUUCAGGACACUUCUGAGACCCUGUCAUUAGCAAGUGAAAAGACAGCUAUCACUGGAAAGUCCCUGGAAUUAUUUCCAAGUCCAAAGAAAGCAGAAACAGCAGGUGAGAGUCCUAGUGAGGUGGCAGAUAUCACAUGGAGUUCAAGUGGAAGUGAUUUCUCAGACGAAGAUAAGACCCUCCCUCAAUUACAGAGAGAUGGACGUGGCUAUGUAGCAGACAGGUUUUGUAGCAGGAUAAUUUCAUGUCCAGAAGAUGGAGCCACUGAAGAUGAAUUACAGUUGAUUGACUGGGAGGUCAACAGUGACAUGGAAGGUCCUGGAGGGCCCAGUGAAUGUGACGAUGGUGAGGGGGCCGUGGACAUCUCGGAUUGUGCUUCUUGUGCAAGUGGUCAUUCUUUGACAAACGAUGACAGGCUUUGUGAGCCCCCUGAGCCAAUUUCUACAGAAAUUGUGGAGUAUUCAUCAGAUAGUGACAAAGAAGAUGACCCAGAGAAUGCCCUCUUCAUUGAUUCAGAAUCCCCUCACAAAUACCAGAUGGAUUUUAAAUCAGAUGCAAGACAGUCUUUGAACAGACAGACUGACUCAGGGGCAAAUGCAACUGAGCCUGUAUUGAGCACACCCCAGAAAUAUACAGCCAGGUUUCCCAAGACUCCAGAAAAUUCGGCAACAAAGAAGAAGCUCUUAAGAGGCGGACUAGCAGAAAGACUAAAAGAACUGCAGAAUCGAGAGAGAUCUGCCAUUUCUUUGUGGAGACAUCGAUGUGUUUCUUACCAAAUGACACCUAUAGGCAGAAAAUCUGGUGUAUUAACUGUGAAGAUUCUAGAGCUACAUGAGGAAUGCACCAUGCAAGUUGCAGUGUGUGAGCAGCUGGCAGGGCCACCAGCCAGCCCUCCCAGGGGAAGAGCUCCUGGACUCGGGGCCUGCCUGAAGGUUCUCUUUACCAGAGAGACUGCAGACCACCUGAGGGGGCAUCCCCAGGACAUCAUUUACAUCUUCCCUCCUUGGCAGAAACUUCUUAUCCCAAACGGAACUUGCUCUAUUAUUCUGAAUACUUAUUUUUGUCAGAAGGCUAUUGCAAAAGAAACAAUGCAUGAAGUAUACUGUCAGGACACAUCUCAUCCAAGAAGAAAUAUAACUUUGGCUCAGAUGUUUAGAAUUGAAGACAUAACAAGUAGUUCAUCCAGAAGUCAGAUUACAUGUAGUGGCCUGGCCACCACUGGCACAGCCUGGACCCACAGCCAUGACAAGACAGAGCAACAUCUUGCAGUUUGUGCUCCCCUGAGGGAUUCUCUUCUGGACAUUGUGGAAAGCCAAAGAGCAGGCCCAUGGUCUGGAGUUGGGGUCCGAGUAGUAGUGCAGAGGGUUUAUUCCCUUCUUAGCGGAGAUGGUGCCAGGAGCCAACAAGGGCACACAGUGGUGCAUGAAGAUUCACCUGGAGCAUGGUCCUGCCUUCUAGUGCAGGAUGCCUGCGGGAUGUUCGGUGAAGUAUACUUGGAUGGCACCCUCUGGAAGAACAUGGAGUUAGAAGGAAGGUCCUGCCGCAUGGCAGGAAUGAAGGUUCUACAGAAGGCCACAAGAGGAAGGACGCCAGGGCUCUUCAGUUUAAUUGACACCAUGUGGCCCCCAGCGAUGCCUCUGGCCGAGCCUUCCUGUGGUGAGCCCAGUGAAGAGAUGAAGACUUGCCUGCCUCCUCCUACCUUCUGUUAUAUCUUCUCUGUGCAUCCGAGCCUGGGACACGUCGAUACAAUUGAAGGGGACCCCAUUUCUGAGCUCUAUCGGCCUCCAGUUGUCCACUGCUUACGAGAAAUCCUCCAGACUGAUGGGCAUGGCACACGCUGUAGCUUCUAUGGCAGAGUGAUUUAUCAAAGACCACAGCUAAAGAAUCUUUUGGCACAAAAGGAAAUAUGGCUGCUGGUGACUGAUGUCACCCUACAAAUACAGGAUGAAAGGGACCACUGCCUUCCCAAAACCCUGCCGGUCUAUGUAACCCCCUCAUGUGUGCUGGGCCCAGAAGUUCUAGAAGGACUCACCAUGGCUGUGCCUCAUAACAUACUCUUCAGGGAUGCUCUCCGAGACAAGGGUCAGAUUGUUUGUGUUGAGCGGACAGUCCUCCUACCCCAAAAAUCCCUCUUGUAUGUGCCUUCUGAAGCUAGUUCCUGUGACCUGCCUGGCCCAGUGAUACUGGAUGAACUGGGCUCCCUCACGCCUGUCAACUCCAUUUGCAGUGUGCAAGGUGCUGUGGUUGAUAUAGAUGAGAGCACUGCUUUCUCGUGGCCUGUGUGUGACCGGUGUGGCAAUGGGAGAUUGGAACAGAAGCCAGAAGAUGGAGGCUCCUUCUCCUGUGGGGACUGUUCACAACUGGUUGUGUCCCCUCUUCAAAAGAGGCAACUGCACGUCUUUCUGGACUGUCCCACGAGACCCAAGAGUACUGUGAAGGUCAAGCUGCUGGAGAGCAGUAUUUCUUCACUGCUGGUGUCUGCUGCCUCCAAGGAUGGGAGUUAUGAAGUGAAGAAUGUCCUUGGGAAGGAGAUGGGGCCUUUACUCUGCUUUGUCCAGUCUGCCACUCCACAGCAGGCCAGCUGCGUCACACUGGAGGAAAUUGAACUUCUAGGUGCAGGAGGCAGCAGCCAUCCUUCUUCCUGACAUCUGGGAACUUGGCACUGAGGGUGGAGGUUUGAUUUGGGGAGCUGUGUUAACUCCACAGAGUAUUUUUAUGGUUUUAAAUUUAAUGGUCCCCCCCCCUGGUAAUACAAUUAAUACGAUGGUUUUGUAAGUUAAAAAUCAAAAUACCUUUAUUAUAUCUUUUUUAAUUACCUUCCUGUAAGUUUGAGGACAUGUUUCUAAAGCUUGAAUAUCCCUGUGGUCUUCAUUUUGCAUUACUUAGGCAAUAUUAUUGAUUUAUUAGGAAAUGUUUAUUGUUGUAGUUUUAAAUAAAGUAUUUAAGACUUUACCAAUAUUUGUACAUUUUUUUUCUUUGUGGUAUUUAAUGUUUCCUGAAAGACUAUUCUGUAAAGCUUCAACCAGUAUCUCAUAUUGAGAUGUUGCUGCUCUGCUCUAAUAAAUAAAUAUCCAACCCAGA